CUCUUCUCCCUCGGUGGUGGUUCGCAUCAUAAACACACACGUGGGCUUCUGAACUCUGCUCAGUUUGUCGCUUCUGAAGGUCUGUAAAUAACAACAUAUGUAUUGAUUAUUGGUGGUCACAACGUCAUAUCAUUUGGACAACAUGUCGACAAGUGAGAAAAUAACACCUAACGAAGGACUGGAGGCCGAAGAGGACGAGUUGCCUCCUCCGGUUGUGACUCGAACUCGUAGCGGGCGCAGAGUACGGACCCCAGCUGUGUAUCUUGACUCUGAAGUACCGAAGACUCCAACACGCCGAACAAGGAAAUCUGUCAUUCAAGAGUUACCGAAUGAGAAUGCAGAGAACCAGACGGAACCCGAACCAGAGGUUGUAGUCGUGGGACCCGUUGCCGACAAGGCUCGUGAGAAAAAACUUCCAAGCAGCGAGUCCAAAUCAAAUGUAUUGGCAACAGCUGAGGCAUGUCCAGAACCAGUAAAAUCAGACACGCAUGUAGAGAAAUCAUUAGGUACAGUUAUUCCAGCCGUGUCACAUCAUUGUAACGAGAAGGAAAACAAGGCUGGUCCCGUAACAAUGGAGACCUUUCCGGACCGCCCAAAUAAAUCGGCCAAAAAGAGGACUCGUUCAGAGUCAAAUGAGAAAAUUACGCUGAUACCUUUGGGGAAACCGAAAUCCGGACGGGUAUGGAAAGACCGCAACAAGCAAAGGUCAGUAGUGGCAUAAUGGGUCAUAUAGGGGCAAGUUGCAAUAGCCUACAAUGUAUUAACUGCAUGCAUAUGCAAACUAUUACUAGUCAGCUCAGCCCAUGCAAACACUGUGCCUAUGGUGUCCAGAAAUUGUUUAUGAAAUGUACCUCUAUAGAAUGACUUUGUUUUUCAGGUUCUCGGCUCUUGUAAGAGAUAAGCCACUGUGCUCCUCCUGGGAGAAGAAGAUGGAGGCCAAGCGAGAGAAGGAGCUGGUGAAGAAAUAUUCAGUGCAACUGAAGGAGGACAAGGCCAGGGAGAAAGAGGUCUGUGUCGUCACCUGUUCACAUUAGUGCUCUAACAUCUUAAAAAGUAGUGCUUAGACUGCGUUCAAAACAACUGGAAACUCUGAAAUCUCAGACCAGUGCGUUCAAGACAACUGGGAACUCUGGCGGAAAGAAACGAGCUCUGACUGGGGGAAAUCGUUUUGAACUCAGGCCUCUUUCUAGAGCUCCGACCUGAAGCUCACUGACGUCGUGAUUUGACCUCGUAUUUUUCAGAGUUCCCAGUGUUAUUGAACGCACAUCAUUAGAGGUUGGCAGUGCAACUGUGAUUGUUUAGGUGUCCCCUCAUGAUGUAAUUGUUUGCGGGUAUCUUUCAUCCCUUACAGGAAAAGAGGAAGCGGCAUGAGGAGAACUUAAAAAGGCGAGCUGAGAACGAGAGGAAGGCGGAGGUUGUGCAAGUGGUAAGGCAACACACAGCCCCACGUGAUCCCAAAUGAGAUGGAGUCUUUGUUUCUCACUGUAACCUACAUGAGCCAGGCAGAUCUCUAUUGCUGACUUCAGGGGCCGUAUGUAUCAAUUGUCUCAGAGUAGAAGUGCAGUUCUAUCAGGUUCCCCCAUGUCCAUGUUAUCUUGUUCAUUUGUGAUCUAAAAGGCAAUACUGAUACUAAAUCAGCUCUCCUACUCUGACGCUUGAUACAUAUGGUCCCAGGCUAAGCGCUACAUAAUUUUGUAUCUUUCCCUGUCUGAAUUUUCCAUCCCAGAUCCGGAACACAACGAAGAUCAAGAGGAUGAAGAAGAAACAGCUGAGGAAGAUCGAGAAGAGGGACACACUCGCCAUGCUGCAGAAAUCACAGCCCAGGAACCCAAAAGCUGCACGGAAAGGUGGCAAAGGGGACAAGUAG